AUGGAGAGCAAGGACCAGUCAGAGCUCUGCUUUCCACAGUUGGCCAACCUGUCCUGCAGCAAGCCCCCAUCCAGUUGGUCUGAAGGUGUUUUUUGGAGCGUUCUCCUCUACUUUAUCUGCGUCCUAACUGUGCUGCUUAACCUGCUUGUCAUCACCUCCAUCUCUCAUUUCAGACAGCUGCGCACUCCCACUAACCUGCUCCUCCUCUCUCUCGCCGUCUGCGACCUCCUGGUGGGCCUUCUAGUGUGGCCCGGUGAGAUCUUCCUGAACAAGUCCUGCUGGACUCUCAGCGACGUUUCGUGCUCGCUGUAUAAUUUCGUCUCCUUCACCGUGACGUCUGCCUCAGUUGGAAACAUGGUGAUGAUGUCAGCUGACCGUUAUGUGGCUAUUUGUAAUCCUCUCCAAUAUCAUGUACAAGUGACUGUGAAAAGAAUUCAACUUUUUGUUUGUCUCUGUUGGUUCUCCUCUCUUCUUAUGAGUAGCAUCUUAGUUAAAGAAGAUCUGGCGAAUCCCGGAAAGUAUAAAUCCUGCUAUGGGGAAUGUGUUAUUCAUAUUGAUUACGCCGCGUCAGUUUUUGAUCUGGUCGUGACUUUCAUCCUUCCUCUCUGCAUUAUCGUCACGCUGUACACCAGGGUGUUUGCGGUUGCCGUGUCUCAAGCGAGAGCAGUGCGCUCUCAUGUUAGGUGUGGCAAAGCGCCUCUCCCGAUGAGGGCGAGGAAAUCCGAGCUGAAGGCAGCCAGGACUCUCGGGGUUCUGGUUCUGGUUUUCCUGAUGUGCUUCUGUCCCUACUACUGCGUUUCGCUGGCUGGUGAUAGCUUUCCUUGGAGUGCCUCGGUUGUGCUCAAUAUGUACUACCUGAACUCUUGCGUGAACCCUUUGAUAUAUGUGUGGUUUUAUCCGUGGUUCAGACGAGCUGUCAAACACAUUGUCACUCUUCAGGUAUUGCAGUCUGGUUCCUGUGGGGCCAACAUACUGUAG